AUGCCAUUCUUAGCUAAAAUCGAUUCUCAAAUAAAUGAUACCUUAUUAGUUAUUAAACAAAUGCGAAAAACUUCUCAGAAAAAAAUGAAUAGAUCAUCUAUCAACAGAUCACUUUUGAUUAUUACAGCAAAUACCAACAAGAAUAUAAAUGCAAUUCUACCUUUAUCAAUAUCGAAAAAUAAUAAUCAGGAAAAUACUCUAUCGAAGAAUUUUCUAGUGUUAGAUAAACAAAAUGAUUCAAUGAUAUCUGAAGAUUUUCCUCAUAGUCAUAUAUACAAUCGUGAUAUACGUGAUAUACCAUUAUCCAAACGAAAUGAUACUGAUUUAGAUCGUCUUCGAUCAUGUAAUAUAUUAACAAUGACUGAUUUAAUAGGUCGUUAUUUGAUUCAUAAAACAUCUGAUGAAUUUCGACAAUUUCUAAUUGAAAAAUUACAAUGUAGUCAAUCGUUUACUGACGAUAUUAUUCAAUUGCUACAAACUUGGACACUAUAUAACUUACAUAUCAGAAGAGGCACACGGGUAACAACACUCAAACAAUAUUUGUGA